GCAAGUCCCACCUGGCCAUCGUGCAGCGGGUGAACAACGAAGGGGAAGGAGACCCGUUCUACGAGGUGAUGGGCAUUGUCACCCUGGAGGAUGUCAUUGAGGAAAUCAUCAAGUCCGAGAUCCUGGAUGAGACGGAUCUGUACACGGACAAUCGGAAGAAGGAGCGGGUACCCCACCGGGGACGCAAGCCCCAGGACUUCUCCGUCUUCAGGCUCUCUGACAGCGAGAUGAAGGUGAAGAUCUCCCCACAGCUUCUCCUGGCUACACAUCGGUUCAUGGCAACAGAAGUGGAGCCUUUCAAGUCCCCCUACCUCUCCGAGAAGAUCCUGCUGCGGCUCCUGAAACACCCCAAUGUCAUCCAGGAGCUCAAGUAUGACCGAAAGAACAAGAAGGCGGCAGAGCAUUACCUCUACCAGCGCAACCGCCCUGUCGACUACUUCAUCCUCAUCCUGCAGGGGAAAGUGGAGGUGGAGGUUGGCAAGGAAGGACUGCGGUUUGAGAACGGGGCAUUCACUUACUAUGGCAUCCCUGCCAUCAUGGCUGUCGUCUCCUCCGAUAACGACGUGCGGAAAGUGGGCAGCCUGGCUGGAUCGUCCUUCCUAUUGAACAGGUCACCAUCGCGGUGCAGCGGGCUCAACCGCUCUGAGUCCCCCAACCGGGAGCACAACGACUACGGGGGCAGCACCACACAGCUCCACAGCAGCAGCAACAACAUCUACACACCCGACUACUCCGUGCACAUUCUCUGCGACGUGCAGUUUGUUAAGGUCACCCGGCAGCAGUACCACAACGCGCUGGUGGCCAGCCGCAUGGACAGCUCGCCCCAGUCCCCUGACAUGGAGGCCUUUGACAGGGAUUCAACCAAGGCCUCGACGGCACGGGGAACCCCACAGACACCCAAGGAAGAUGCCACCACCCUCCUGAAUGAGAGGAACAGCAUCACAUGCAGCCGCUCCGAGGGGCUGCGCAGUCCCAGCGAGUCGGUGUUCCUGCGCAUGGAGAGCAUCCCCUUCAUCCAGGAGGAGCUGGCUGACAAUGAGGAGAACAGCAAGCGGCAGAGUGAUGAGUGCUGCGGCACCGUCCUGGAGGCAGAGUCCCCGGACAGAGAGGCUGGGGCCAGCUCAUCGCCAAGCAGCUCUGAGGAGACGCUGGGCAGGAGACUGCUGAGAUCCCUCAGUGGGCGCAAGCAGCGGCUGUCGCCGGAGGGGGAGAAGACGCCAGAAGAGAACUCCAAUCUCGGCCCAUUAAUCACCUGA